AUGAAAGACCAGAAGUUUGAGUCACCUACUGUCCAGGCCAAAUGUGGGCGGAUGCUGCUUUCAGCCGGGCUCCGGCAGCGCUGGUUAUCCGGACCACAAGGUCCCCCCUCCCCUCCCCGCCGCGGGGUCCCGCGAGCCGGCGCGCGGAGCAGGCCCGGCUCCCGACACUCCGUGGCCUUCUCACCUCCGGGAUGGCAGGGCAGGUCCCCCGACUGUGAGGACCAGAGGCAGGCGGAGCCCGGGGCUGCAACCCCUUUCUCAGCCGAGCAGACGGGUCUUUCCCGGUGCCACGGUCCGUCGGAGAAGCGCGGAGCGGGGUGCAGCGCCGGCGGCCCGCUCCUCGGACCCCGUCUCCAGCCCCAGGUUGGAGCCGAAGACCAGCCGCGCGUCCCGCCCUCCUCCACGGCGGGGGGGAGGUCCCGGGCGGGGGGUCCCGGGCAGGGGGUCCCGGGCGGGCGUCCGGCACGCCCCGCCCAGCCCCGCCGACCCCCCGAUCCCAGCCCACCCCUUCCCGGCCUCCGCCGACCUCAGGACGAGGAAGAGGGCAGGGCGGCCAGGCCCCCCCCUCCGCCUCGCCUCGCUCGGGCCGCGAGGACCCAACGCUGGCGCCCGGGGAACCCAGAGAAAAGUUUGAGGCCAAGUCGGGAGGCAGCCGGCGGCGGCGGCCGGGGGGCUCGGGCGGCGCCCGGCUCUGCGCGCGGCCCCACGGACACGUCGGCGGGCGGGGACCGCACCCGCCGUCCCAACCAGACGCGAGCCCGCGAAACGCGGGCGCGGACAGCCGUGCAGACCCGCCGACACAAAGGCCGGACGCGCGUCCCGACCCCACACCCACCGACCCCCCCCGGCCGGGCGAGGCGGCCCUCACAAAGACCCCGGCCCCGGGCAGAGGGGCCUUUGUCUGGGGAAGCCCUCCGCCCCGCGGCCGGGGCUGCCCGAGCCGGACACCAGGAAAAGUUGAGGGGCCUCGGCGGGACCCGGCCCCGCCCCUGCGCCGGCCGCCGGCUGGGGCGGCGAGGUUGGGGUCGACGGCUCGGGACCCGCCCGGGGCCACGCGCGGAGCCCCGCGGCGCGCUCGGGGACCCGCACCCACCUGGAAGGCCACAGCCGCCGCCUCGGCACGCUCACCCGGGCCGCCCGGCGCGGGCCCUCCGGCCGAUGUGGAAACUGAAACUUGGAAAGGACUCAUCUUCAGUCACACAAGUGGAGCUUAAAACUGGCAAGCCAGGUUAA